AUGGCCGAGCUAAGGAUAAUUCCCUUAGGCGCUGGUCAAGAUCGACGCUUCCCGGAUUUUUCCUAUAUCGUCCAAAAACAUGAUUUGACAGAGUAUCUCGAUUGCGUCAUAAUAAGUCAUUUUCACUUAGAUCAUUGCGGUGCCCUUCCGUACAUGACAGAGAUGGUUGGAUACGAUGGGCCCAUCUACAUGACACACCCAACAAAGGCAAUAUGCCCUAUUUUGUUGGACGAUUAUCGUCGUAUUAGUGUGGAAAAACGUGGAGAGCAAAAUUUUUUUACAGCUGAGAUGAUUCAUCGCAGCAUGGCGAAAGUUCAGUGUGUCUAUCUUCACCAGACUGUCAAGGUUGAUGAUGACUUGGAAAUUCAAGCCUUCUAUGCCGGGCAUGUACUCGGGGCAGCUCUUUUCCUAGUUAAAGUCCGUGACCAGUCAUUCCUGUAUACAGGAGAUUACAACAUGACGCCUGAUCGUCACUUAGGCGCAGCGUGGGUCCCUAGAUGUCGUCCCGACUUACUGAUCACAGAAACGACUUAUGCAACUACUAUACGUGACUCAAAGCGCGCGAGAGAACGCGAAUUCCUCGAGAAGGUUCACAGCAGAGUCGAUGCUGGUGGAAAAGUGCUUAUUCCGGUAUUUGCUCUCGGUCGUGCGCAAGAACUCUGCAUACUUUUGGAAACGUACUGGGAAAGGAUGAAUCUGUCAGUGCCCAUAUACUUCUCAACCGGGAUGACAGAAAAAGCUAACGAAUAUUACAAACUUUUUAUUUCGUGGACGAGUCAAAAGAUCAAGGAAACAUUCGUUGAACGGAACAUGUUUGACUUCAAGCACAUUAAGGUUUGCUUUUCGCUAAAUUUUCGUAUGCACUUCCACAUUAACUACCUCUAG